AUGUUAAAAGAUCCCUCAGUGAAAUAUAAGAAGUUUCCAAAUGUCAAUUUGCCAAACCGUCAAUGGCCAUCAAGAAGCUUGGAUAAACCACCAAGAUGGUUAUCUACUGAUUUGAGAGAUGGUAACCAAUCAUUACCUGAUCCAAUGUCGAUCUCUGAAAAGAAAGAAUAUUUCAAGAAAUUGGUUGAUAUAGGAUUCAAAGAAAUCGAAGUUGCCUUCCCCUCAGCCUCUCAAAUUGAUUUCGAUUUCACUAGAUUUGCCGUUGAAACUGCCGCUGAAGAUGUUUCGAUUCAAGUUCUUUCUCCAUGUCGUCCCGAAUUGAUUGGUAGAACUGUUGAAUCUUUGAAAGGUGCUAAAAGAGCAACUGUCCACAUAUAUCUUGCCACUUCUGAUUGUUUUAGAAAUGUUGUGUUUGGACUUUCCAAAGAAGAAUCAAAGGCCUUAGCUGUGAAAUGUACCAAAUUGGUGAGACAAUUAACUAAAGAUGAUCUUUCAACUGCCGGUACAGAUUGGGAUUUUGAAUUUUCUCCAGAAACUUUUUCUGACACAGAUUUGGAUUAUGCUGUUGAAGUAUGUGAAGCAGUCAAAGAAGCCUGGGGGCCAACAGAAGAUAAACCAAUUAUAUUUAAUUUGCCAGCAACUGUUGAAAUGGCCACUCCUAACAUAUAUGCUGAUCAAAUUGAAUAUUUUGCCACUCAUAUUACUGACCGUGAAACAGUUUGUAUUUCAUUGCAUCCUCACAAUGAUAGAGGGUGUAGUGUUGCUGCUGCCGAAUUAGGUCAAUUAGCUGGUGCUGACAGAGUUGAAGGUUGUCUUUUCGGUAAUGGUGAAAGAACCGGUAAUGUUGAUUUAGUCACUUUAGCAUUGAACUUGUAUACCCAGGGGGUAUCACCAAAAUUGGACUUUUCUGAUUUGAAUUCGGUCAUUGAUAUAGUUGAAAAAUGCAACAAAAUUCCUGUUCAUGCUAGAGCUCCAUACGGAGGGUCUCUUGUUGUUUGUGCCUUUAGUGGAUCUCAUCAAGAUGCCAUCAAAAAGGGGUUCCUGGCUCACGAAAAGAAAAAAGAAAAAGCGGGAGGCAAAGAAGUUCAUUGGCAAUUACCUUAUUUACCAUUGGAUCCAGAAGAUAUUGGAAGAACAUACGAGGCUAUUAUUAGAGUGAAUUCUCAAUCUGGUAAAGGUGGUUCUGCUUGGGUGAUCUUGAGAAAUUUGGAAUUAGAUUUACCUCGUGGUUUACAAAUUGCCUUCUCUAAAGUGGUUCAAGCACGUGCUGAAGUUAAAGGUCAAGAAUUAACUAACGAAGAAUUAUGUGAGUUAUUCAAGCAAGAAUAUUUCAUUGAUUAUGAUGAUGAAGCCCCAGAACAAUACUUUAAAUUAGUAGAUUACUCGAUAUCGACACCAAGCAAAGGAAUCAAGGAAAUCCAAGCUGAUAUUGAAGUCGAUGGUAAAGUCAUUUCUAUCAAAGGUGAAGGUAAUGGUCAAUUAUCUGCCUUUAAUAAUGCCAUUGCUAAAUAUUUGAAUAUUGAUAUUGACGUGAAACAUUAUCACGAACAUUCCCUUGGUGAAGAUUCAAAGGCACGUGCCGCCACUUAUAUUGAAGUCUUGGUCGAUAAAAAAGUUGCAAGAUGGGGUGUGGGUAUUCAUACUGAUGUUUCUCAAGCUUCAUUCUUAUCUUUGAUAUCUAUUUUGAAUGGUUUGCAUAAAAAUAAAAACAUUUAA